UGUCCAUCGCCGACCGACGGCAGGAUGAAGAUGGAGAAGCUUCGGAGGGUAAGGAUAGGCCGUUAGCCUCUAUGAAGAGGAAGAACAAAAUGCACCAUCGGCAUGUGAAGCCGUAGCAUCUACCUUUGCUCGAUCCGCAAGCGCGUGGGUCCCGCUGGGAGCGAAAGCACCGAGCUUGGGGUGGGCAAAGAUACCUCGGCUCACGCGUUGCAGCUUGCCGAGCACAGCGACCGUCGUCACUUUGUUCUCCCCAUAUUCACCCUCAUUCUUGAACUCGGCUCUCCCCAGACGCUUCUCCGUCCUCCUCUUUUUUCCCGUCUUUAAAUAUUCUCUGAUCUCAUUACUUCUCCCUUUCUCCCUCCCAUCCCGCACUUUCACUCUCCUUAGAUCUUCUUCCUCAUUUCUUGAACUGGUUUGCAACAUGUCCGAGCUGCGCUUUGACAACCAGACUGUUGUCGUCACGGGAGCUGGUGGUGGCUUGGGUAAGGCAUAUGCUCUGUUCUUCGCCUCAAGAGGAGCAAAUGUCGUCGUCAACGAUCUGGGCGGCUCCCACGUAGGAGAGGGCAAGUCGAGCAAGGCCGCCGAUGUGGUCGUCGAAGAAAUCAAAGCUGCUGGCGGCAAGGCCGUUGCCAACUACGACAGUGUCGAGAAUGGCGACGCCAUCAUCGACACCGCGAUCAAGGCUUUCGGCCGCAUCGAUAUCCUCCUCAACAACGCCGGUAUUCUCCGGGAUGUCAGCUUCAAGAAUAUGAAGGACCAGGACUGGGACCUCAUCAACAAAGUUCACACAUAUGGUGCAUACAAGUGCGCACGAGCUGCCUGGCCCCAUUUCCGGAAACAAAAGUAUGGUCGCAUCAUCAACACUGCCUCUGCGGCCGGUCUCUUCGGCAACUUCGGACAGGCCAACUACGCUGCCGCCAAACUCGGCCAGGUCGGUUUCACUGAGACGCUCGCGAAGGAGGGUGCCAAGUACAACAUCCUCGCCAACGUCAUUGCUCCCAUUGCUGCUAGCCGUAUGACUGCUACCGUUAUGCCCCAAGAGGUUCUAGAUCUCCUCAAGCCCGAAUGGGUUGUUCCCCUGGUUGCCGUCCUCGUCCACUCCUCCAACACCACAGAGUCCGGCUCCAUCUUCGAAGUCGGUGGUGGUCACGUCGCCAAGAUCCGAUGGGAGCGUGCCAAGGGUGCUCUGCUGAAGCCCGAUGCUUCUCUGACCCCCGGUGCCAUCGCCAGAAAGUGGAAGGACGUCAACGACUACUCGCAGCCCAGCUACCCCACUGGGCCUGCUGACUUUAUGGGUCUUCUCGAGGACGGCCUGAAGCUGCCUUCUGCUCCUGCUGGAGAGGAGCCAGACUUCAAGGGCAAGGUCGCCCUGGUUACUGGAGGUGGCAAUGGUCUUGGCCGUGCUUACUGCCUGUUGUUCGCCAAGCUUGGCGCUUCCGUCGUGGUCAACGAUCUAGUUGACCCCGAGCCAGUUGUGCAGGAGAUCAAGAAGGCCGGUGGCCAGGCUGUCGGCAACAAGGCCUCUUGCGAGGACGGUGCCGCCGUUGUCAAGACCGCCAUUGACACAUAUGGCCGUAUUGAUAUCCUGGUCAACAACGCCGGUAUUCUCCGCGACAAGGCCUUCGCUAACAUGAAUGAUGACCUCUGGAACCCUGUCAUCAACGUUCACCUGCGCGGAACCUACAAGGUCACCCAGGCUGCUUGGCCCCACAUGCUCAAGCAGAAGUACGGCCGUAUUGUCAACACGGCUAGCACCAGCGGUAUCUACGGAAACUUCGGACAGGCUAACUAUGCUGCUGCUAAACUCGGUAUCCUUGGAUUCUCCCGCGCUCUUGCCAUCGAGGGUGCCAAGUACAACAUCAAGGUCAACACCAUCGCCCCGAACGCUGGUACCAACAUGACCCGCUCCAUCAUGCCUGAGGAGGUUGUCCAGGCCUUCAAGCCCGACUACGUUGCUCCCUUGGUCGUUCUUCUCUGCUCCGACAAGACUCCCGAGCCCUACUCCACUAAGGGUCUAUUUGAGUGCGGUAGCGGUUGGUUCGGCAGCACCCGCUGGCAGCGAAGCGGUGGCCACGGCUUCCCCGUGGACGUCAAGCUGACUCCCGAGGCUGUCGCCAAGCAGCUCCCCAAGAUCAUCAACUUCGAUGACGGCCGUGCCGACCACCCCGAGCAGAUCCAGGCCGCCAACGAGAAGGUUAUGGCCAACUUCAACAACCGCAGCGACGGCAGUGGUAGCGAGAUCCUCAACGCCAUCGAGGCUGCCAAGAAGGCCACCUCCGACGGAACCCCCUUCGACUACACCGACCGCGAUAUCAUCCUCUACAACCUGAGCUUGGGUGCCAAGCGCACUGACCUCCCUCUCGUCUACGAGAACAACGAGCACUUCCAGGCCCUUCCCACUUUUGGUGUGAUCCCCUGGUUCAACACCUCUACCCCCUGGGACAUGGGUGACAUCGUCAAGAACUUCUCCCCCAUGAUGCUCCUCCACGGGGAGCAGUACAUGGAGAUUCGCAAGUUCCCCAUCCCUACCGAGGCCAAGACAAAGACCUACCCCAAGCUCAUUGACGUCAUUGACAAGGGCGCCGCCGCCCUCGUCGUCGCUGGAUACACCACCAAGGACAUCGCCACCGGCGAAGACCUCUUCUACAACGAAUCCACCGUCUUCAUCCGCGGCAGCGGUGGCUUCGGCGGCUCCCCCAAGCCCACCGCCCCGCGCCCCAAGGCCGCCGUCGCAGCCUACAAGCCUCCCAGCCGCAAGCCCGACAUUGUCGUUGAGGAAAAGACCUCCGAGGACCAAGCUGCCCUUUACCGCUUGAACGGCGACCGCAACCCGCUCCAUAUCGACCCUGAAUUCAGCAAGGUCGGCGGCUUCAAGACUCCUAUCCUCCACGGUCUCUGCUCCCUCGGUAUCUCCGGCAAGCAUGUCUUCUCCAAGUUCGGCCCCAUCAAGAACCUCAAGGUUCGCUUUGCCGGUGUCGUGCUCCCUGGCCAGACAUUGAGGACAGAGAUGUGGAAGGAGGGCAACACUGUUCUCUUCCAGACCACUGUUGUUGAGACAGGCAAGCCUGCCAUCUCGGGGGCUGGUGCGGAGCUGUUGGAUGGUGCCAAGGCGAAGUUGUAAAAUACCUACAUAUGAAGAAGUCGCAAUGAUUAUGGCAGGAAAUGGGUUAUGUUCUUUUUCAUAUCUUCUGUUAAGAUUGUGUAUAUAAAUAUUUCUGGGUUUGAUAGCAAUUUCUUUUUACUUCAUUCUAAGGCGCUA